GUCAGACACGUCGCUUCCUCAUCGUCGAAGCUGUGGCAGCGAUUUCUCCAUGCCAUUAAACAUUUCGAUCACAGUCUGAUUGAUUUUCAAUUACUUCCUUCUCUGAUGUUCUGGCGUCGAGCAGCACUGCCACAAUGGUCGCUUUCAUCGAAGUUUUUCGGUUCGAACACGUGUUGCAUGACACAUUUCACUUAGAGGUUACUGGCCACUGACCAAUCAGUUGGACGGUCUACAUCAAUGUGUUAAAAUUGGCGGAUAGUCUGGGUACCACAAAUCAUUCAACGAUGGCCGACUGCAUGUAGUGUCCCAGAAAAACGACAAUAGAAAUGAACAUGAGUUUCUCAAACAAUACCACUGUGGAAAACAUAAUAAACGAGAAUAUAGUGCAAGUGGCUUUUUUCAUGGUGUAUACGACAAUUUUUGUACUCGGAAUUUUCGGCAACGUGUUAGUGUGCUACGUCGUCUUCAGGAACAGAGCCAUGCAAACAGUGACUAACUUAUUCAUAACAAAUUUAGCGUUAUCGGAUAUACUGCUGUGUGUACUAGCUGUGCCCUUCACCCCUCUGUACACCUUUUUGGGAGAGUGGAUUUUCGGUAGGCUCAUCUGUCAUUUAGUGUCUUACGCUCAAGGGAUCAGUGUCUAUAUUUCUACGCUUACUCUGACGUCAAUUGCCAUCGAUAGAUAUUUUGUGAUAAUUUACCCUUUCCACCCGAGGAUGAAACUGUCUACAUGUAUCAUAAUAAUAGUUAUAAUCUGGAUGUUUUCGAUGCUGGUCACGUUGCCAUAUGGAGUAUACGUCAAACUCAAAACCGAGUCCUACACUGACAAGUUUUUCUGCGAAGAAACCUGGCCUAGCGAAGAUUGGAGAAAAACUUUUGGUGGUAUCACCACAGCGAUGCAGUUCCUCAUCCCGUUUUUGAUUAUGGCUUUCUGCUACAUCUGUGUAUCGAUAAAACUGAACGAUCGAGCUAGGUCCAAGCCUGGUUCCAAAAAUGCCCGAAAAGAAGAAGCAGAUCGGGAAAGAAAGCGAAGAACUAACAGGAUGCUGAUAGCAAUGGUCGCUGUUUUCUUGAUAUCAUGGCUGCCCUUGAACUCUAUAAAUAUCGUAAACGACUUUUACUUACAAAUGCAAGACUGGGCAUUUUACCACCUAACGUUUUUCAUCACUCACGCAAUAGCCAUGUCCUCCACUUGCUACAACCCUUUCUUGUACGCUUGGCUGAAUGAAAAUUUCCGGAAGGAGUUCAAGCAGGUCCUUCCGUGUUUUGAUGGAUCUGCGGCCGGAAGAUUGCCAUCGGCGUGUCGGUUCGAGAACUGGAGAUCGGAGCGGACUUGCAACGGGAACAACGAGACUGCACAGGAAUCGCUGCUUCCCUCUUCCGGGAUUCAUCGAGCCGUUUCCAUUAGAGAAAGGAAACCGACACCGCCGCCGCUGAAAACGGACAGUGUGGAAAUGGAAAACAUAAUUGUACCGGCGGUUGGGGUUGUUUACGAUUCCGCCUCGGAUAUUGUUCGACUCAAAUUGAUAACGGAAGAGGAUCCGCCACCGUACGAAGCAGCGCAUAAGGAAGAUGAAUAA